AUGGCCCAAUUCACGACCAGAAUUACUAAAGCAAAUCACCCCAUCAGUUUGCUAGGGGUCACACAAAAACAAGACGAAUCCACCAGGAAAUACCUCGACCGCUUCAACGGCGAAUGCCUAACGAUCGACGGGCUCACGGAUUCAGUUGCAAGCCUCUGCUUAACCAACGGGCUCAUGAAUGAAGACUUCCGCAAACACCUCACCACCAAACCCGUGUGGACCAUGCACGAGAUCCAGAACAUCGCCAAAGAUUAUAUCAAUGACGAGGAAGUCAGUCAGGUCGUCGCCGCCAAUAAACGGCAACACGGCAACCCUCAACACGGCAACCCGGCGCCCCGGCAUAACCCACCACCUAGGGAAAAUCAAAGAGACCACCCCAAACUAACAAACACAAGCCGACCGCCAAGAAUCGGCAAAUUCUUCAAUUACACCCCCCUAACGGCUCCAAUUACCGAAAUAUACCACCAAAUAGCGGACAGGGGUAUCAUCCCAAAAGCCCGGCAGCUAAGAGAAAGGACGGGCGGCAACAAAACGUUUUAUUGUGACUACCACCGAGGAUACGGACACAGGACACAAGACUGUUUCGACCUCAAAGACGCCCUCGAACAAGCCAUAAGGGACGGCAAACUCCCAAAGUUCGCCAAAAUCAUCAGAGAACCAAAGCGCACGGAAAGAGAAAGGUCACCAGAGAAAGAAGGGCGCAACCCGAGGACGCAAAGACAAACCCUAGAGAAAACCCAGAAGACGACCCGACAAUAG